AUGAGCCAGCCUAAUCAGGAUCCAAAUCGGCCUCCACCGCUUCCACCGCGUCCUUUUGGGGAGCAAGUAUGGGAAAAAAAAAACCUUAUAAUCUUUGGGAGAAUGGUCCUUUUUAGACGAUGGUGAACAGUGGGAUGAACAGCGCGUUGUACGGCCACGGAUUGAACAUGGGAGGCUACGGUGGCUUCGGCGGCAUGGGAAACUACGGUCCAAUGUAGGUUCCGAGUUGAAAAACUUAUGAGAAUGGUAAUUUGUAGGUAUAACAGUGGUAUGUACGGCGGGGGAAUGGGAUACGGUAUGAAUGGAUCAUUUGGUUACGGUGGUCCUCCAGAAAGCAGCUUCGCACGUCUUGCUGAAGGUAUAGCUCAUAAAGUUUCCGAGUUUUGAGAGCUCUUUGGAUUUUUUUGAUAGUUAUUUGAAAUAAUUAUUAUAUAUAUAAAAAGUAAAUGUUGCGACCUUCUUUUCUGAAGUUAAAUAUGAUCCUUAAUCCUGUUUUUUUCUGUUAUUUAAAUAAUGAAUAUUUGUCACGAAAAUUUUCAAAUCCGUUUUGUGUUUACUUGUUUUUUGCGCCUACGCGUUACUUUGCUGAUCUUGCCAAGACAGUUUUCUUUCUUUUUUUUCUCGUAUUAUUUUUCAUUCAUCUUUACAAGAAAGCGUAUAAUAUUUUAAGAAAAGGAAACAUGUUUGCUCCUUGAGAGCUUUGAAAAGAAAACCGUCAGUUCGUUCGCGACUGGUCUAUGGCACAUAAAAACUGUAGAAACGCCCGAUUUUCUACUAUUCUUACACUGUUUCACUUAUCCUGCCUAGAACCUUUCCUCGGAAGUUCGCAUGUCAUAAAAUAUUGGCUUGGGUCAGCCAUGAAUCGAAUAUAACCGGUUGAAGUCUCGAUUGCGUGAGACUGUAUGUGCAGAAUGUUUUUAAAUAACCAAGCUUCAUUUUCGGGACAUUUAUUUCUGCCAGAACUGUAUCAAUGGUUGCAGAACAGUCUCGCGGCGCGUUUCAGUCGAUUGAAUCUGUAGUGACGGCGGUCAGCUCCGUCGCCAACAUGCUCAACUCGACGCACAAUGCCGUUUAUAGCUCUUUUCGUGCAGUCAUCGGCGUCGUAGAGCAGUUCGGACGCUUGAAAAUGCAGGUUUGUGACAUUGGGGUUCAUUUCUUCCAUUUCAGUUGCGAAAUAGCUCCCGUCUCGUUGGGAGAGCUUUUUUGGGGCGCAUUCGGUCGUAUUAAAAAUGCAAGCGAUAUUGAAUUGCAUUUCGGGGUUUCUGUCUGCAUUUGUCGGAAUAAGAAGUUAAUUUUUCUGAAAGCUACUCGGUCACCUGAAAAUUUAACAGAGACGUUUUUGGGAACCAAAUCAAUUUUCGUGGAAUUUUUGUGACUGAAAAAUUUUUUUUCCUUGUUAUUUAAUUAUUUCCCACUGACAAAAGUGGGAGAGCGGUGAUAAGAAAUUAAAAGAAAAGGGAAAUUUAUAUUCAAAAGAAGUUUUAUUGAACUUGGUUGAGAUAUAUAGUGGGAUACAGAUCAGAGACACUCGAAGAAGUUGAAAAAAAAAAUUCAACGCGAAUUUUUGAGGUAUGUGAAAACAAACGGCUUAAAGGAGUAAGCCCUACCUUAUUAUAAUGAAAAUUUUUUUUUGCUACUCGAACAUAUUGAAAUUGGAUUUUUACUGAAACUUUCGCAGAAAAUGAGUGUGGAUUGCUGUUUGAAAAAAAAAAAGAUAAGGUUGCAGCUGACUCAAGUUGUCGUGUCUUUGGCGCUUUUCCGAUGGCUCUACCGCUUUUGGAGAUGGCUUUUGGUAAUGCUAAAGCUGAAGCCAGCCAAUUACGCCAGCGUCACCGAACUCGCCUGGAACGACGCGAACCUCCCGUAUGGUAACUGGACUUCUCGAAAUUGGGUUUUUUAAUUUCAAACUUGCAUUUUUAGCUUCCAAUGUUUUGGGAUCUGCAAAUUCGAGUACUGUCAGUUGGCCAGCCGUCAUGUUUUGGCUAGUAGCUGUGGGAGGUACGAAUCCAUUUCUUGUUACCCUUUAUUUUCGAUUUCAAGGUCCAUGGCUUAUCUACAAAUGCGUCAACCAAAUGGUACAAGCGGUAGAAGAGAAACGAAAGUGGGCAACCGGAACGAGCGCUCACUACACGGCACAGGUUUGGGAAAGUGUUUUGGGAAAAAAAAACGUCUCAUUCAAUGAAUCUUCUCUUCGUAAUUCGACUAUUUCAGGCACAGUUUGACUUUCAAGCUUCAAGCGAGCAGGAGUUGAGCUUCAUGAAAGGAGAAACGCUUCGAGUGGCCCCCAAAGAAGAGCAGCCAAGAGUUCGAGGAUGGCUUCUCGCCAGGUUCGUUCAAUGAUUCCACUUACCUGAAGUGUUUUUUCCUGAUAUCUAAGUCAAGCCUCGUCAAUAUACCCAAUAAUUUGGACUAUGUCGCAGCUGGAGUAACGCCAUGCCGCAUGUGAGCCACGAGCAAUCGCAAACGUUUUGCGCUUUCUCGAAAUUGAUUCAUUUUAUCAUAAAACUCGAGAACAAGCAAAAAAAUUGUUUUUUAAAGCUUGAAGUUCAUAAGAAAGAGCGAUAUAGCAGAGAAACUUUGACGAGAUCGCAGCAAGAAUUUUCGGCUGUAUAGCCUAGGUUCGCUGCGAUAUAGCCUUUUAUGUUGCAAGUAAAGAAUAUUUUUUUCCAGUCUUCAUAUUGCAGUUGCGAAGAUGGCAGCAGAAUCGGCAUGAUUCCGAUCAACUACGUGAAAAUAGUCGGCCGAAAAAGCGAGUCGCCGCCAAACGUUGCUCCCGUCGACAACUUGGCCAAACUCGAGCAAAGCUUUAAAACAUCAGCUUUUAACUGA